GCUUCAGUCGCUCCGAGCCGCUGGUGAGGCGGCAGCUGGUUCGAGUCUAACCGCGUCUCCCUCCUUUAUCACGGAUCUUCUGGCCGCUGCACCCCGGAGCAUGAAGGGAUUUAGCGGGACAGACUGCUGAGACACCCGGGACCCGCUUACCGGAUUAUCAGAGCAGCUUCCCUGCAGGAGCGCCGUUAAACCACCGGUUGAUUCUGUGGCUUCAGGUGAGCCUCCAGGUGUUCGUCUCCGCCGACCCGCCGCUCAGCACCAUGUCCCCGCAGAGACCCUGAGCUCCCAUCGGUCUCUCUGCCGGACGUCAUGCUGCUGUCGGGCUCCUCCCGGAGGGACCCCGGGGCCCGCGGCAGAGCGGCGGCGGCUGCGGACUCGGACGCUGCGGAGCGGCAGCGGUCGGUCCGGGAGCGGCUGGAGGCCACCGUGUCCGGCCUCGGGGAGCUGGACUUCCUGCGGCAGCGGCAGGAGCUGCUAGUCCGGGCGGCGCUGGAGCUCCGGGAGGAGGAGGAGGAGGAGCGGCGGCGGAGGGAGCUGAGCUCCGAGGAGAAGCUGCUAGAGGAAAACAUCCUGCUGCUCCGGAAACAGCUGAACUGUCUGAGGAGGAGGGACGCUGGACUCAUCAGUCAGUUACAGGAACUGGACCGACAGAUCAGCGACCUGCGAUUGGACACUGAGGCGUCACAUGACCAGCUGGAGACGGACAGCCGACCCAGUUCAGGUUUCUACGAGCUGAGCGACGGAACAUCUGGUUCUUUGUCCAACUCGUCCAACUCGGUCUUCAGCGAGUGUUUCUGCUCGACAGCCGACGCUGACGGACGCCUCCCCUCCACAGAUGAGCUGGCCGGCUGUUUGCAGUGUGACAGGCUGCUGGGAGGACUCUGCGAUGAUUCGUCCUCCUCGACUACAGUCCGCCGCUCGCUGUCGGCUCCUCAGCCCGCCAUGGAUGCCGACACCCAUUUCAAGUAUCACUGUGACCUGGUGGCCAGAAACGGCAGCGACGUCUACCGCUACCCAAGCCCGCUGCAUGCCGUGGCCGUCCAAAGCCCCGCCUUCCUGCAGGUGCUGGGUCACGGCAGAGACGAGGCUGGAGGUGAAGGUCUGAAGACAGAAACCUGCCCUCCUCCUGUUUCAGCCCCUCCGGUACCGCAGAGCUCCUCCUGGCCCGCCUCCUUCUCCUCCCAGACUCCUCCCCUGAGGCGACUCGACAGCUACAUCCUCAGUCUGCUGCAGCGCCGAGCCCAACCCAUCAGAACCAGCCGGCCCAGAACCAGCAUCAGCACCGACCCCUCCAAGAGCAUCCUGAGGCAGGCCAGUCUCUGCAUGAGGCAGGUGUCCAAUCCUGGUUCUGGUUUAGGGUCAGAAGGUAAGCCCUGCUGGCCGACUGGAGGAGCGUCAGGAGACUUUGCUGCUUCGUCUCCUCAGAGGUCUGUGGAGGUUAAAGGUGACGAACAGGAGCCUCCGAGUGUCGACGUGACGUCAAACAGCUUCCAGAUCAGCAGGGACGGCGCCUCCCCUCGCACCAACAAGGACAUGAACACGAGCAGCCUCCUGAGAACGAAGAGCAAAGGGCUUCUUCCUCACGCAGCAGCAUCCACGGCGACGCUGCCCAAAGACUUCAGGGGACUGAGUACGCCCAGAGCUAACUCCUCCCCCAAGCAGCCAUGUUGCCCCCCAGUACAGGAGCUGGUACCUCCGAUCAAUAAAACCCAGGCAGGUACUCCGAAGAACAGCCCCAAACUGGAGGCAGGUGAACAGCCGGUGCCAGAGCUCGCCAGUCUGGGCUCCUCCCAGAGUCCGGAUGAAGCAGCAGGAAGUCACCUGGUUAACGGCAGGUAUGUACCCGCCCAGCUGCACGCCGUCAAGGUCCGCAAGAGAGGCAGCAAGAAUGUCAAGACGGCCAAGGUGAAGACGAGUCGGACGUCUGAGCGCAGCGAGCCGCCAUCAGAAAGAAGAGCUGACAAAUCCCAGCGCUCUAAAAAGCCCCGCCUCCUGGACAAUGGAGGCUCCGCACACAUGAAGGUCUCCAAGAGAGGUGCUUUGUCCAGAAUGAAAUGCCUCCCUGCAUCCAUCCCAGAGGGCCGAGUUCUGGACAGACAUACCAGCAGCGUACGAUCCGGUUCAUCUAAGCACCAUCACCAUGGAAACCACCACCACUACAGCAGUAACCACCAUCACCACGGACGCGACCAAGUCGUGGUCGUCGCCAAACCGAAACACAAGCGCAGCGAUUACCGGCGGUUACGUGCGAUCAUGGAAAUGCCGUACGACGAGGCGUUCAGGCGCGCUCAACGACAGCAAAGAAAGGAGCUGCUGAGCAUCUCCGCCGCCAACAGUUAUGCCAGCAGUCCAUACACUUACGCCGCAGGAAGCGACUCGGAGUAUUCAGCCGAGUGCGCAUCGCUGUUUCACUCCACCAUCGUGGACACCAGUGAGGACGAGCGGUCCAACUACACCACGAACUGCUUCGGAGACAGCGAGUCCAGCGAGGAGGAGGACGUGGAGGAAAGCACAACCACCAGCGACACCGAGGAGAGCGGCGGCGGUGGGAUGGGCAGGGGGCGGGGCCAGCUAAGGGCGGCUGGCGUCAGGGCGGCGGGGCAGGAGGCGACUCAGGCGAAGGCCUUCGUCAAGAUCAAGGCAUCUCACAACCUGAAGAAGAAGAUCCUGAGGUUCAGGUCGGGGUCGCUGAAGCUCAUGACCACUGUCUGACUGUCAGGUGCCUUAACCCUUUGAUGCACAACCUGGGUCAAAAGUGACCCAAAUCCAAUGGAAAAUGGGUAUCUCCUGAUGUGGUCUACGCAUCAAAGGGUUAAAGCCGCUCCACCGGUACACCUGAACAAACAACACCUUUCCAUGUCGAUAUUUCAACCGAACCUCUUCAGCUCAAACCAUGAAUCCAGAAUCAGUCGUCCACUGAAUGUGACGCUUCUUUACGUGAUUAAAAACAAACUCAUCUGAUGGAACCUUUCUUCAUGUCUUUUACUCUGGAGGCCUUCAAACUGUGGUCGAGUCCAUCUGAACCGCCCGGUGUUGUGUUUGUGACAUUCAAAUGCCAAAAACCAAACUUCUAAAUUUACCCUCAUUCACUAUUUUCAGUUUGUAAAUCUGAGGAUGCAGUUUAACCCUUUGAUCCCCAAACAGUUUCUUUUCUCUCGUCACAUUUUUCCCCACUGUGGUUCAUUUUUCACUGCAAAGUUGUUGAGUUGUUCCUUUCUACUGUCCAUCAUCAGUAGAAAGAUGUUUCACCAUGCUGAAUGGAUCUCCAACAACAUGCUCCUCUGUUCACUGUUUCUGAGCCAUGCUGACUUUAUUUUAUUCAUCCAGUAGGCUUUAUUUUCCUCUCAGUCUCUCUAUGGAAACACAGCCUGCAGUUCAACCUGAAAAGUCUUUACAGUUUCUGGCUGAUAAAUGGAAUAUUUUAGGCAGUUUCGUAAAGACAACCUGCCUUUGAUGUGGUUCAGAGGGUUAAAGCUCCAACAGUUAACAGCCCCAGGUUGUUCUCAUGGACUCUGUGGGUAAACACACUUUAAAGGUGCCAUAUUAAUACUUAUAAGUUCCAAUGCGCCAAACACAGUUCAGGAUAUCAAAGGAAUCAACAUGGCUGCCUGAACAGUAACAUUCAUCACUUUAUACUUUUAAAUCAAUGGUUUUUUUUUUCCAUUUGCAUCAAACCGUAUCUCUGAGAUUCCCACAAACGCAGCAUAAGAUGCUUUUUGUAAAAACAUGAAGGUCUGGAGUUUUCAUUUCGCCAAUCAAAUUGGUCUCCUCCACUUCCUUCUUUCUUUCCUGGUCAUCAAGUGCCUCAGCCAACAAACCUGGAACCAGUCUGCUUCAAACAAACAUCAUCUACCCAAAGGCCAGAUAAACCUCCUGAGGGGCUACAGGCCCCGGAUUUAUCUCUGCUGACCAGAAACCAAGUGGGGAUCUACAGCUAGAGUGAUUCAUCGAUGACCAAACAGCUGAUUGGUUGAGUCAUUCCUAACGCUUCUCUGGCAGCAGCUCCUCUGAUGUUUCCCAGUGUUCAGUGAUAGCAUGUUGUUGACCAAAGCUCUUUGAAUAUGUUGAUAUAUGAACAAGCUAUCCCAAUACAAACCCUUAAAACUGGAUUCCAGCACAAAGUUCCUCAGUACGAGAUGGAGGAGACUCAGUGAUGCAAAUUUCAAUUAAAUUUGCUAGUAAUCAAAUGAAGUAGAACCAAAUGACGUGGGGUAAAUCCCACUUUGGUUGAGCCUAGCUUGUACCACUGAAGGAUAUUUAAAAACCAAAAUGGCUGCUGCAUUUCAAAUGUACUUCUUCACAUCUUUAAACAAAUGUGUUGCAUUCAGAAUCACAAACUAACUCAUCUGCUUUACGCCAGACUGGGCUUGGUUCAUGUUCCAGUACAGGAGCUGGUGGUUUUUAAAUCCAACUCACAGGUUCACUUCACCUGGUUCUGUAUCUAAACAUUAAAUCACACAAAUAGAACGCAUCAUAGAUUUGGAUAGUUGGAGCACUGCCUGUUUUCACAUCUUGGUUGUUGAGAAUUCACCAUCAAAAAGGAGGUUUUCAGAUGCUGUUUGUUUGAAGCACGCUGAGCCUUUCAGGAUUGUUGCCGGACCCUGUCGUCUGGUCUCUGGUAGAAGUGGACCUUCUUUCAGGUUCCUCUGAGAGUUUGAAGGUUCUUCAGAUGUUUCUGAACCCAAGUUUCCAGCAAGAGUCCCAGGACUUUUAUUUCCGGGAGUUAGUAGGUGUCUUCCCACUGCGGGAACUUGGACAAAGUGUUGCGAAGGUUUACAGAAGUGGUGAUCGGCCUUUCAGUCUUUCUGGUUCCAACAGCUUCAACUUAGACGUUAACUCUGAGUGCACCAAAACAACAACCAAUAGCAGCUAGUAAAGUUAACUCCUGAAAGCUGCCUGAAAGAGGUUCUACGGAGGUUCAGUUCCUGUAGUCGGAACACAGUCGAAAGUUCAAGCUUCCAUAAAACGGUCUGCAAGUUCUUGCAGUGGCAAACAACUUAGUGUCAGGAAACAUCUAAGGUACUAAAGGUUCCUUCAGUUUGUGUUACCUUCAUGCUGUGAAGCCUUGUGGCAAUUUGGUAAAUUAGUUUACGAAUUAAAGAGCGAUGUCAUUCUGGAAGACGACUGCUAACGAAAUUUUAAGGUGGACCUCAGAUUCCUGCUCAAGCCUUUAGGUCUGAACUUUGUUGUGUCAAAGCUCACUGAGAAAAAACCAAAUAAACCUGUUUGCAGCUGCAGGCUUUUAAAAUGUUGGAAUGCUGGAAAAGCGUUAAAGUGCUCGACUAAACUCAAAGUUUUGGAAGAUGUCCCUCUGUUGGGGCUUCGUUUGGUUCCUUCGAUGGAGACACUGGUUGCAGUUGUUAGGCUGGAGUCGGUUGGAGGGUUUGGGUCGGAUCUCGCUGCAGUAAUCUUUUUAUUUCCUGCACUUUGAGACAAACCGACAGGAUGGAUGGUGUGACGCUGUUAAUCUGUUGUUUGUAUGUAGCCUUAUUUUGUAUUUAUUAUCACUUGCCCUUUUGCUGUUUCCCAGCACGCCAAACGUGUAAAUGCUUCUCUUUUUUUUUAGACAAUCCUGAUUUAAGUUGUUAUUUUUGAUGAAAGCUAUUUAAAACCUAAUAUAUUUGCUUGGUACAUAUAGAAAACCACACAUGGUACUAACUGACCGACAGCCGGUGGCGGCCAGCUGGUUUUCACCUGCCGUUUAUUUACACAAGUAUGACGUCUUUUUUAAUACUGUUGCACCAUUUAUACAGCAUUUACAUGUUCAAACCUUGGGUACAGUUUGCUCUUUUACUUUCAGAUCAGUGGAACAAUGAGGUGUUUCCCCAAUAUAAAAAUUAAAAAUGCAGCAGAUAGGUUUCCUAGUUUCAAACAGGAUGGAUGCUUGUGCUGCAGCAUGAACACGUUUGGUAAAAUACUGUUGAAACUUUCAGUCUGAAUGUGAAAAACUACCAACAAAGUUUAGUCCAUUCCUGACUUUAACUUAAAUGAUGUUGGAAAGAGUCCAAAAAGUAUUAAAAUUCAAAGUGUCUUCUCCACUUGGUUGCAUCAGAUGGGUAUCAGCUUAUUCUCGUCCAGUACAGAGCGACUGUAGUUCUGUUUAGCUUAGCUUAGCACAAAUUUUGGAAGUGAAUUGAAACCGCAAGGCAGCAAAAAAAAAAACUAGCAUGUCCAAUUUUAGGUUUAACUGUCUUUUGUUAGAUGUAUAAAGCUACACAUACUCAGUUGACUUCAGACAACUAGCAUCAAAUGUCAAAUGGUAGCUGUUAGAGGCUAACUGUCAUGCUACCAGGUUGUUUUUAGCUGAGUGGAAACUGCUAGUGUAGCAUCAGAUUGACAUAGUUUAGCUACAGCUGAAAGUUUGGGCAAAGGGUUGAUGUUAAACUUGCUAGUUAGCAUAAAGCAUCAUUCACCUACAGACAGGCUUCAGACAGUUGUCAUAAAAUGUUGUUAGUAGCUAACUGUUUUGAUACCAGGAUGUUUAUAAGCUAGUUUAGACUGGAAAUGGAGAGAAAAUGCUAGUUUAGCUCAACUGAAUAUGAUAUGGAGUUGGUACUGAAAAUAGAAAGAAAUUGACAGAGAGAUACCGGUAUCAGUUCAGCCUAGUUUGGUUCAGGGUUUAAUCAGGUUGAAAGUGUUGGAGUUAUACUAACUAGUUAGCAUAUAGCACCAGCUACUGAAUAUGAAAAUGUAACUGUAGUGGUGUUUAGCUAACUGUUGUGAUGCAAAGAUUGAAUGGAAACGGGGGAAACUGAAAUGAUGAAGAAGUUUAAGUUGUAUGAGUUGGAUCCAGAAUGUGUUUGGUUUAGUUUAACAGAAAGCAGGGGCCAAGUGUUGAUGUUAUACUAACUAGUUAGCAUAUAGCUACAGCUACUAUGGGCAGUUAGCAUGUAGAACUGUUGUAUCUUCACUGUAAAUGGAGGAAAAGUGCUAGCUUAGCUCGAUUGAACAUAAUGAGUUUUUACUGACAAAAGCUGGAAGAAAAGGCUUUCUUAUAAGGGAGAAAUCUCCAGCAGAACCAGGCUUAGGGAGGGCAGACAUCUGCCUCAACCAGUUAGGGUGAAGGGAAGUAGUAACAGCUGUAUAUGGGCACGUUUAGCCUUGCUCCAUCAAAAAAGAAAUCAGUCAUUUAGCAAAAAUUGUCUGGUUUAAAACACAGUGAAAUAGAAAUAUAAGAAUGAGACAUAGUGCUUCUGCAUUAGUCAGCCAGCUAACAUGUUAGCUCCCUAAGCUAACACAAGUUCACGCAUUAGCAUCUGAAGUCUGUGAGGUUGGACUUUUGGAAGUCAAUUAAACUAGCUUUGAACUGUCAGAACACAAUUUGUGUAUUUGUUCACUAAAAUUAGCGUUAGUUGGCUAACUUUUGUUAGCUUUUUAACUUGUAGAUAACUCCAGCUCUUACUCUUUGUGCUAAGCUAUGCAAACUAUGUCCCAGGCCUGCUGUAACUGUACUGGACACAGAUUCAGAUAUCCAUCUUUUGAUUGAAGAUGACACUAAACAAGAUGAUUUCCCUGAAUGUGAGGAUUUUACAUUUUACCUGCAAAAGUUUUACAGAUGCCCUUGUUGGUGUUUAAUGAGCGAGCCUUAAAAUUCCCACUUUUGAAAACUCUAUAACUUCAUUGUUCUGGUCUAUUCUGGUCUGAGUUUUCACGUUCCAGAUAUAAAUAGCUCCCGUUAAGCUUUAAAAAGCCACAGAAAGCUCCUUUACAGCUGUCGCAUGCCGCCUUUCUGUUGAGCUAUUUUUAAUUUUGUUUGACUUUGAGUUUUUUUUCCGGUGCUGACACAGUUUGGAUUUAAAUCAGAGGCUCCAGCUCCAGAGUGUUAAACAGCCACAAACCUACAAACCAAAAGCAAAACUGGACUCCUCCUGAGGUCUGACCACCGACACUGAUCCAACCUUGUAAAUGUUCACAUAUGCAACUAUAAAUGACUGUUACUGAUGUGUGUAUAUAUCAUGUCUGUGUAUGCCAAUAAUGGUGCUUAACCUUUUUAUGCUUCAUUAAAUGUGGACUUUAACACAGAA